AUGAAGUUCUUCGCUACUUUGGCCCUCCCGCUCGCCUUCGCCACCCUAGCCAUGAGCUCCCCGCUCGCCCAAAAAGGCCCAGUCCUGACUCCAGGCCCGGGCGUCUGUCCAGAUGUUGGAAACUGUUCUUCUUCUUCCAACGGUACUUCGACUCCCCCCGCCCAAACCUGCACAUGCCGCAGGGUUCUCGGUCAAUGCCUUAUCGUCAAUGGAUGUACCUGCUGUAGCUAG